UAUAUGUAUAGGCGAUCAUAGCCAGACAGGUGAUUACACUGUAAACACAGGAUAUACACGGAAGACGAUCAUGACAGCUGAACGCUUAUGUCAUUAGACCAUUUUUUGGCUAUACGAGCAUUUUUUUCAGGAAAUUUCAUACGUUUUUCUUUUUCUAAUUCGGAUAUUACCAUAUUUGGAGGAAUGGGUUGAUGAUGUUGAUAGUUCUCCACGUGAGGACAGAGGUGUAUCAUUACCAGUGAUAAUAGUACAACUUUACAACCAAGUGUGAAACAUGUAGUCGCGUGUUACUAUGGGCCAAUGCUUAAGUCUGGACCAGGAAGAAUUAAAGGCACGUGCCCGUAGUGAAGAUCUUGACCGGCAGCUACAGAAUUGGUCCAAAGCGGACCAGAAUGUCAUCAAGAUACUAUUGUUGGGUGCUGCCGAGAGCGGGAAGAGCACACUGGUGAAGCAGAUGAAAAUAAUUCACAACGAUGGCUUCUCCUUUGAUGAGCUACUGUCUUUCAAGCCAGCUGUACUGGACAAUCUGUUGGGAUCCAUGAAGUACGUACUCACUGGUAUGGGACUGUUACGGAUCAACUUGGACAAUCCAAAGAACCGGGCGAACGCACAGGCAACUCUAACAUGCACGUGCUGCUUCGACAAGAACCACAUGAUGCUCCCACAUAUGACAAGCGCCCUGAGGGCAUUGUGGCAGGACCGUGGGGUUAGGAUAGCCGUAUCCCGGGGGUACGAGUACGAACUCAACGACUCUGCUAUCUACUACUUUGAAAACAUUGAGCGGAUCUGUUCCCGUGACUUCGUGCCAACAUCUGUAGACGUGUUACGGGCCCGAGUACGAACGACUGGGAUAAUUGAGACGUGCUUCAAAAUUAAUCACGUCCUCAUCAGAAUGUUCGACGUUGGUGGUCAGAGGUCAGAACGUAAAAAAUGGAUCCAAUGCUUUGAUGAUGUCAAUGCGCUACUAUUUGUGGCAGCUCUCAGUGCUUACGACAUGUGUCUGUAUGAGGAUCCUCAUGUGAACCGACUUCAGGAAAGUUUAAAACUUUUCAAAUCUAUGUGCAAUAAUAUUUUCUUCAUGGACACAUGUAUGAUUCUCUUCCUCAACAAGAUCGACCUAUUUAAGGACAAAAUUCGACAUUCCGGCAGACAUUUACGUCAUUUCUUCUCAGAAUAUAAAGGACCAGACAAGGACGUGGACCAGGCAGCACGCUUCAUUCAGAGAGAUUUCCAGAAUCAGAACCAUAAUCCGUCCAAGGUGGUAUAUCCCCAUUUCACUACAGCAACCGACACAAGUAAUAUACAGGUGGUGUUUCAGGUCGUAAUGGACUCUAUCCUCCGACAAAACCUCAACAUCAGCGCCCUCUUAUAGCAGGACCUGAAAUCCAGCCUCUAGACAAAUCAUCAUCAGCGCGCUUCAAUGGCAGGACAUGAAUCCAGCCGCCGACAAACUUUAACGCGCUCUAAUGACAUUAAAUAUGAUCUCACAAUUUAUGUGAUGUUCCUAGCCGAAUGUGACAUUGGGAGCCUCUUUACUGGAAUGCCUGUGCUUUAUAAUUGCUGUGGUUUAUUAAUGUGUAUCGUGAGGCCUCGAUUCAAUGUAAAUAUGGCGCCUUCUACAAUGUACAGUGUGUAUGUGUAAUAUACAUAUUGGUUGAAUGCAUUUUGGUCGUGGUGCAAUGCUUUCAUACAAAUUCAUAUUGUUAACUAAAACGCGCAUUAUUAUUUCAUUUGCAUGAUGGUGAAUAUCGUCAGUUAGCCCUGGCGUGGCAGAGUGCUCUCCCGUGUGUUUAAGUGUGGAAGUCUGAAGAUCGUUAGAGUUAUCUCUCUUUAAUAAAGUGAGUUCAGCCUCAUACCGUAUCACAAAGUAAUGCAUAAUAAAGUGAGGUUUACGCAAUAAAAGUCACUGGCAGUGACAAUCAAUCUAUAGCA